AUGAAAAACUUGACAAUUAGUCGUGUUGAAGCCAUAAAAGAUUCUCGAUUAAAGGGUGCUGAUAAUUUCGCCAUUGACUUGACAUCUUCGGAAAUUUAUGUCAGUACUCCAGCAAAUUUAUACUGUUUGGAUAAAGAAGAGAUUGUGCAUACCAUAAACUGGCAAAAUGCAAGGAAGGACGCUGAAGUAAUUUUGUUAACAGCAAGAAGUUUUGGACAAAGUCAGGUUGUUGCAGUAUUAUCUGAUGGAAAAGUUUUGGUAGUGGAGAAUAAAAAUAAUGUGAUUGAACUAGAAUGUACAGAAAUCAGCGAUAAAUCAACAGCCGCUGCAGCGUGGAGCACAGAUGAACAAUACCUUGCAAUCUGCGACAAUGUCCACCUGGUUCUUCUAGAUUCGUCUCUUAUUACAGUAACUGAGAGGUUGCUGAAAUUUUCGGAAAAUGAACAAAAAAAUCUUCCGGUGAAUGUAGGAUGGGGUUCAGAACUCACACAAUUCCGAGGGUCCGCAGGAAAGAUUAAGCCCGAAGAGGAAAACAAACCGGAGAAUAUUGAAAACAAUUCUAAUCGCACAGUUGUAGAGUGGAGGUAUGAUGGAGCAUAUGUUGCUGUUUCCUAUAUUCCACCAAACAGUCCGACUAGAAUUCUGACGCUUUUCAAUAAAAAUUGCGAAGUCUUAAGCAGUAUGAAUGUGCGUAAUAUUCAUCUGGCGCACUCGUUCGCAAUCAAACCAAAUUCCAAUCUUAUAUGCUCUUCGAUUCUUAAGCAAAAUCAUGAUGAAAUAGCCUUCUACGAGCAAAAUGGUGAAACUCGCAAUGGAUACUCUGUGAAAUGGCCAAAAAACUCGCGGAGAAUAAUUGAAAAACUGUCGUGGAAUUCUACUGACGAGCGAAAUAGUAACACAACCAAUUUCACCAAAAUUUCUCAAACAUGUCAUGUUGACGUUGGAAACUUCCCAUGUGCUAUUCUUAGUUACGAUAGUACGAACUUCAUUCUUUGGAAAAAAGUUGGAGCUAGUGAUGUUGUUCAAUUGAUCGAUGGUGAUAAUGGAAAAAGUAUUGAGACGAUAUUCGAAGGAAAGGAUAUUGGUUGGGUUGGAGUGAAUCCAAUUACUCAAAACAUUGAAAUUGCUACUCUGAAUGGAAUGUUUUUUGAUGCACGAACAAAAACUAAGAUUUUGGAGAUCGAUAAAUUCCUGUCGGUCCAAGUUAUUUUUGUCAAGAGCUUUCGUGUAAUUCUAACUGAUGACGCCUGCUUAUAUCUUAACUCUGAAAAAAUCGCCCACAAUGUCACUUCUUUUCUUCCAAGAGAACAUCAAAUUAUUUUCAUUGACUUUGAAAAUAAACUACGAUUUCUGGACAUAGAACUGGGAACAAUUGGAGAAGAUAUUCGUGACGUCGAAAUUGGUAGCGAAUUGAUGGCUUGUGAUGCUCGUUCAGCGAAUGUUGUUCUUCAAGCACCACGCGGAAAUCUGGAAACUAUUCAACCAAGACGGUUCGUGAUAGCCGAAACUCGACGUCUUCUAGAUCAAGAAUUUUAUAUUCCGGCUUUUAAAUGGAUGAAAAAACAUCGAAUCGAUUUGUCAUACGCGAUCGAAUAUGAGAAAGAGAAACUAGCGAAUAACUGCGCAAAAUGGUUAGACAAUACUGUCGAUUCGCCACUUCUUGAACAGCUCGUAGUGAGCUGUACUGAAAAAUUCCCAAAAGAAGGAAACGUUCUAUGCGAAGCGAUUCAUCAAAUAAUUCUUGGAUCGGAGGAUUUAGAACAAAAAACAAAGCUUUUCCCACUGUUGUUGACUUCACUGCUUCGAAGUGAUCCGCCGAGGAUUAAGGAUUCCCUCAAAGCAGUUAUAAAACAUUCAGAGUUAUUGAUUGAUCGGAGAGACGUUUUCAUCCGACAGAGUCUACAUCACAUUUCAUUCUUUGUUCCUUCCAAAGAACUUUUCAAUUGCGCCUUGUCUACAUACGAUCUGAAUCUUGCUCAGCAAGUUGCUGAAGCAUCAAAUGCCGAUCCAAAGGAAUAUCUGCCUGUACUGAACAACUUGAAGAAAGUUAAAUGCCCAUUGGAAUUCAAAUACCGUGUUGACGUUGUCCGAGAAGCGUGGGUUGAAGUUCUUGAUGAUCUCUUUAUACUUGAUUCAAGUGAGUCGCGAGGAAACGAUGAAACAUGGUGGAAAUAUGCUUUGGAUAUAAUGCAGAGGGAAACAAUGCAAAACCAAGCAUUGAUGAUCUUAAAGCCAAGCGAUAAACGAUACAAGGAUUGCUGUGCGAUUUACGCCGCUGAACUAGAAAAAAAAUUGAACUGGAGAGAAGCAGCACUUUUUUAUGAAAUGGCUGGAUAUGUUGAGAAAACGCUAAAAUGCUGGGAAAUGUCACGUGAUGUUGAUGGAAUGGCAAAUUCUGCUCGUCGAUUGUCGGUGGAACCAGCAAAACUUAAACUCGCCGCCAUUAAAAUGUCAGCAACACUUAAAGAAGCUAGAAUGUACAGAGAAUGCGCAAAAGCUCAAAAACUCACCGGAGCUACACAGGCGCAGAUUAUUUCAAUUCUCUGUGAAGGAUUUGAAUGGGAAAUGGCACUAAAAGAAGUGGAUCAUAUUGGAGUGAACGAAAUACUUAAAAAAGCUGCUAGCACGCGGCAAGAAACUAUUACGACGGAGUUGACCCGAAGAAAAGCGGAGUUUGACAAAUAUUUUGCCCGGCUUCAAAUUGUUAGAGAGAAUAAACUGAAAAAAAUCGAAAAAUUUUCUGCGGGAGAGGUUGAAGAUUUUAGGGAUGAUAUUUCCUCUAUUUCAAGCAUUAGCUCACGGUCAUCGAGAGCUUCAAUGGCUUCCAGUGUUAGAAAAAAGAAGCAAGUCGAGAAAAAGAAGAACUCGUUGAAGGAAGGUGGUGAAUUUGAGGAUUCUGCCUUACUUAUUAAUCUAGCUGAGCAUUACUCGUGGGUAGAACAGAUAAGAAAGGAAAUCUCCCAACUCAUUCCUGUUCUUAUCUCUGUCGGAUUGAUGUACGAAGGGAUGGCGUUAAGAAUUUCCAUUCAAGAUUUCACUGAGCAACUUAUUAAGCAAAAGAAUGCUAUUUGGCCAGAGGUUCUGCACGUUCAACAUUUGCCGGGCCCAUUACACAUGCUGUUUGAUCCUAAUCAGGAGCAAUCGCCGAUUCCAAUGCCACCAGUUUUUAAACUAGAACCUGAACUCGUCGCUCCAAACCCGACAUUUGUGCCAAUCUACCCUUAA